CUUAUUUUCUCUUUUUGUAUCAAAACAUUCGAUUAAUUAUUAGCUUCCUGCUGCUGCCGCAAACAUCAUCGUCAUCAUGUUGGUCUAUCAAGAUUUAAUUUCCGGUGACGAGCUUCUUUCUGACUCGUUUCCAUACCAGGAAAUUUUGAAUGGGAUUUUGUGGGAAGUUGAAGGACAUUGGGUUGUCCAAGGAGCUGUUGAUGUUAACAUCGGUGCAAACCCGUCUGCUGAGGGAGGUGAUGAGGAUGAAGGUGUUGAUGAUCAAGCUGUGAAGGUUGUCGACAUUGUUGACACCUUUAGGCUCCAGGAGCAACCUCCUUUUGAUAAGAAGCAGUUUGUCUCUUAUAUCAAGAAGUACAUCAAACUGAUCACCCCCAAGCUCGAUGCUGAGAAACAAGAAUUCUUUAAGAAAAACAUUGAGGCCGCAACCAAGUAUCUACUCUCCAAGCUCAGUGACCUUCAGUUUUUUGUUGGGGAGAGCAUGCAUGAUGAUAGCUGCCUGGUGUUUGCUUAUUACAAAGACGGUGCAACUGACCCAACUUUCUUGUACUUUGGUGUUGGGUUGAAGGAGGUCAAAUGUUAACUUUCAAAUUAUAUUCGGCUAUGUACUCUUAAAACAAGUAUUCUAGAUUUAAGUUGAAUGUUUUGGAUCGGGAUCUUAUUAUUGGUACCAAAAUUAAAUUUAUCUAUCUUGAAAGCA